GGAGAAGAAGACGAAUGGAACUAAAGAGGAGUCCCCCACCAAAGCAAAAGCUGCCUUCACCAAACAGAAGAAGCCCCCUAGUCCAAGGAAGCCAACAAAGGAGAAGGCAUCACCGGACCAUUCAAAGAAGGCUGUGGUGCCAGUGAAGAAAAAGCCAGGCCAGGAGACCACUCCAGUUAAGAAAGAACCACGUCCCAAAAAGAAGAAACCAGGUGCACCUGUACUGGAGCACAGUCUGUCGCUGGCUGAACCAUCCCCACACAGGGAGGAGGGAGAGAACACUAGCAGGGAGAAGAGCAGCCCCACUGAUAACAAGCAGACUGCUCACAACAAACCAGGUUUCACAGGUAGCGGGAGCAGUCCUCUCCCCAGUCCCCAGUGCUCUGAGACCCCAAUCUCCUUCAGCAGCCCUGGAAGACCCAAUAAGGAGCCCUCAUCCUCAGAGAGCUCCACCCCCAGGCUGAGGAGGGGCCGACGGAGGGGUGAUGAGGCUUGGCUGGACGACUGGGGAUUCGCUACUCCCUCUCCUCCACCUCCCCCAACUCUCCCUCCCCCCCCUACAUACCCUCCUCUCCAGCCUGCCCGCCGGCCCAGGGGCAGACCGCGCACCAACCCCCUGCCUGAGAAGGCUGCCCAGGGCAAGGCCAGAUCCGCGCCCAACACUGAUGGAGACUCCCCCAAACACAAGAAACGGUCCCGUUGCCGGAACAGGAAAUACCAGAAUGGGGAGUACAUCACGGGGAAGGACAGGGAUGGAGACGGAGAGGGGGAGGAGAGAUCUGUCACCACCAGGCAGGGCACUCAAUCUGGAUCAGAUUUGACAACUGGCAUGUACCCACGCCUCAGUGCCACUCUGACCUGCCGUGGCGCCAGCCCAGAGCCUGGUCCCAGGAGGCCCUCGUUCACCCGCUCAGGGUCGGUGAGGCGCCCGGAGAGAGAGGCCUCCCCAGAGCCCAGCGACAAACCCUCUGGGAAGAGAAAGUUCAAGAGCAAGCACUUGAGUGACACAGAUGAGCCCAAGAAGCAGCUCAAGACCAAACGUUGCAGCUUGGGCAAGCGCCCUGCCUCUGUGGCAACGGAUGACGACAGCCCCAACGCUAAGAAACCAGCAGGCCUCCAGGCCACCCCUAAGUGCUCGUCCUCCCCUCCUGCCAGUAAGAAGGGGACCUCAGGGAGGGGAGGGGCAUCAGAGUCUCCCCCUAGCAGACCUGUUCCUCCAGAGGUUCGCCGGCUCAUUGUCAACAAGAACGCCGGGGAGACUCUGCUACAAAGAGCCGCCCGAUUGGGCUACCAGGACGUGGUGCUCUACUGUCUGGAAAAAGAUGUGCGGGAGGUCAAUCGGCGUGACAACGCAGGUUACACGGCUCUCCACGAGGCGUGCUCUCGAGGCUGGAGCCACAUCGUCCAGGUGCUGCUGAAACAUGGGGCCGACGUCAACUGCAGCGCCCAGGACGGAACACGGCCCAUCCACGACGCAGUAGCCAGUGAUAACCUGCCUGAGGUGUGGAUGCUGCUGAACCACGGAGCAGACCCCACCCUGGCUACCUACUCUGGACAGACGGCGGUCAAACUGGCCCAGAGCCCCAGCAUGAAGACCUUCCUCAAAGAAUACUUCACAGACCUGGAGGGGAGAAGUGACCAGGACCCCAGUCUGCCAUGGGACUUCUACAGCAGCUCUGUGUUUGAGAAUGGCCAGGAGGCAUGCUGGGACUUCCUGCUCUCUCAGCGGGAGGAGGACGAGGGGAGGAUGGAGGGAGACUCUGAUAGGGACUGUCUCAUGUUUGAAUUCUCCUCGGAGCCCCUCUUACCCUGUUACCAUGUCCAAGUGUCAUUAACCCAGGGCUUUUGCAAUUGGUUCCUGUUGACGGACGUCCUGAAGCGGCUGAAGAUGUCCUCCCGGAUAUUCCGGGCGCGGUACCCGCACUUGGAGGUGGUGAGCCUGGCGCGGACGGAGCUGUGUAGGCAGGUGUCUGUCAGCCAUGUGAGCACAGCCUCUGCACAGCCUCAGGGAGAGGAAGAGGGAGAGGGGCCGGUGGAGCUGGUCCGCUGUGUCCCGGAGCUCCAGGGACUGCUGGGUUCCUCCAUUCACAUCCUACAGGAGGACGAGGGGGAGGAGGAAGGGGACAGGACGGAUACAGCCACGCCCUGCAGUCGGUAGCCCCCACCCCUCUGCUCUCUCUCAGCCCCUCACACAUCCAAACUGUUCCCCUACACGUCCCCAGAGUCUCACCCUAACCUCCCGCGAGCAGCAGAUUAAAAUAAACAAUGUCGGGAGGCUCCAGCUGUUGUAAUGGUGGUUGUGGUAUGGUGAAAUGAAACAAUGUCUACGCCACAGGAGGCUGGUGGCACCUUAAUUGGGGAGGACGGACUUGUGGUAAAGGCUGGAGUGGAAUUUGUGGAAUGGUAUCAAAUACAUCAAACACAUGGUUUCCAAGUGUUUAAUGCCAUUCCCUUUGCUCCGUUCCGACCAUUAUUAUGAGCCGUCCUCCCCUCAGCAGCCUCCACUGGUCUACGCCACUGGGAAGAACACACCUCACUAAUGACCUGGGACCGCCACAUUGAGGAGAAAUGGGGGUCAAAGCGGCACCACCUUGAGGAUGGGUGUGGGUGCUCGGUGCUGGAGAGCAGCUUUCAGGUUCCAAUCUGUAGGUAUUUUUCAGGACCCAAUAAAUAUUCUGGUAACAUAUUUUUUAUGAUUCUAUAUGUAUAUGGUACUAUAUGUAUAUCUUGCCACCAGGGCGAUCACAUUUGGUUGUAAUGUAUCCGUGUGGCUAGGGAUGGAUUAUGUUUAGGGUUUUCUUUUUGUGGUUUUGUUCAGUUUGUUUGCUCCUGAGGGAAAGAUAAUAUUUUGGGGUGGGAGAUAAUCCAAGGCUUUUAUUUGGGUGAACUCUUGCGUGCAGCUAAAAGGUUUACAGCCAGGCCAGGCCAGCUAACAGUAGCAGGAAGGCCCCAAGGCCAGAUUAACAUGGGAGACCCAGAGACCACGGACACACACACAGACACAUAAUCUGCCCAGCUAACAGAACCAUAGAACCACAGUGAUCCAUUUCAUCAUUCAACCACACAGUACUCUCAAGUUGCUAAGUAGAUGGCCAUUCAGUUUGUGUUACUUUUCUUUUGUCUUUCAUUUUGCAGUGCACAUGAUUUCACCAAGCAUCUUAGGUGUGUUAACCCGCGGCCUACCUGUAGGCUUCUUAACCUCAGAUCAUGGAUUGAUUUAGUUGAACUUGAGAAUUAAUACUUGUUUACAGAUCUCAACAGAUGGAAAGGUGUCGCUGUAGUUUUCUUCACUCCUCCUGCUUACCAGAUGAUGGGAGUGAGAGUAGAAGUAGGAUCUGUGGGGAGACCAGCGUCCUCUGCUCCUCUGUUCUGACUGCAACCCUUCACUUUGCUGCAUAAGACUGACUCACAGGAGGGAUAGGAUAGGUAUCCUUUUACUGCACCUUGCUCAUCCCCCCUCAUGGGGUUACGGACGGACUCCAACGUGCUAUGUGGCGUGUGUUUUAUUUACACUGUUGUUUGUGCUUAAUUUAAUAGUCAUUAAUAUAUUUGACCUCUUGUGUAUCUGACAAACAAUUUAUGAAAAAUUGCUUUGUAUGGUUGGUGCUUCAUUUCAAAUGUACAAUUCAGGAUCCUUCUUGAGAUUUUUUUUUUUUUUUUCUUAUUGCAAACAGUAUUUUAACAAGCAAAAGUACAGUUUUAUUGUACUGGUGCUAAGCUAGAAUUUGUGUUGACAAUCAAUGAUGUUUUUGUUUGAAGUUAAAACCAAUAAAUUAUAUUUAAUUAAGAUGAAGUGACAGAAAUGUAAAGAAAAAGUAUAGUUUCAUUACCUAUGGUGAAGAAAGUGGAACACAUCUAGUCUGGAGAAGAGGACAAUGUACUGCUUGUGUGAGUGCUGUUAAAACAGGUUAACCUUCUAUUCGAUUUAUUUUUAAUUUUUAAAUCAACCAGAAUAAAGCAUGAUUGUGAAGUAUU